AUGAUUGCCACAACCAAGGCCGAGGGCCUGGUGGCCGAAGGCUUUGGAGCAAGACUCGAGGAGACGGAACUGGACGUUUUCCUCAACGCCUUUGAUCGCGAAUGCGUCUCCGACUUUGUCUCCCAAAUCUCAAACGAGCAAUCCUACGAUUGCACCACCACCUUUGCCUUUAGCGACAUUGUACCCUUUGCCCGCAACGGCUUUGAAGCCAUCGUCCACGACUCGUUCACUCAGUGCUUCGAGGGCCAUCCCAAGACGCGAUGGAACCAAACGUGGUACUUGGCCUUGGCCUAUUACUGCGGCGUCUUUAUCCGCUACUGCAUUCUCUUCCCGCUACGCGUGACCGUUCUGAUCCUGGCCAUGACAAUCUUCAUCAACCUCUUCCUCAUCUCCCGCCUCUUUCCCGCGACCAUCCAGCGCCGCAUUGGCCGCUUUGCCAUGGGCAUUGUCAACAACGCCUUUUGUCAGUGCACCCUGCUUACUGGCUUUGCAUUUACAGCCGUCAUUCAUAAGCAUGGAAACAUUCCUGCUCGUGAACCUGGACAAAUCUACGUGGCCAACCACACCACCGUCCUCGACAUUGUCAUCAUGCUCUCCCACCAAGUGUACGGCCUCACCGGGCAGGGUCAUGGCGGCGUCAUUGGCUUUUUCCAAAAAUACGUUCUCAACUUUGGCACCGACAACCUGUGGUUUGACCGCAUGGAAAGCCGCGAUCGCACGACCGUGGCUCAAAAAAUUAAGCAGCACGCUGCUGAUACAUCCAAGGCACCACUUCUCGUUUUCCCGGAAGGCACUUGCGUGAACAACGAGUUUGUCGUUAUGUUCAAACGUGGUGCCUUUGACCUUGGCCGCGUUAUCGUUCCCGUUGCCAUCAAGUACAACAACAACAUUACCGACGCCUUUUGGAACUCCAAAAAGACCAGCUUCCCAAUGCAUCUUUUCCAUUUCAUGACCUCCUGGGCCCUCAUUGCCGAUGUCUACUACCUCGACCCCCAAACACGUCGCGAAGGCGAAACCUCGGUCCAAUUUGCUGCCCGUGUCAAGGAAAUGAUGGCAAACGUGGCUGGCCUGAAGAGUGUUCCUUGGGAUGGCUACUACAAGUACUUCAAGCCAAAGCCCGAGUACAAACGCCGUCGCCAACAGGUCUUUACUGACCAACUCAUUCGCCGCUUCAACCUCACCCCCUCUGGCACCCCCACGACCUCCCGCAGCCCUCAAGGCUCUUUCUCGCUGGGAAAGCUGUCCAAUAAGGACCAGCUGAAGCCGGAUGAAGCACUGCCAGACCUCAACGAUGAGGCCCGUGCCGUCUUGCGUCUUCGCCAGCAGGCUCGCUCCUCCUUGGGCAAACCCGCCUUGGGCCUACACGAGGCAACCAAAUCCCGGAUCACCGAGCCCCGGCGGCGCGCCAUCUCAGAAACCGCCUAA